UUUUUUUUACUUUAUUUUGGGGUGGUAUCUUCAUGAGCAGCACUCAUACUCCACUGAAUUUGAUUCCCAAUCUCAUUCUACUGUACGCCCUUUCUCAGACGACAGGCUCUGUGCACCCCUCUGUGAACAAUCAGGGUGGCCAGAACAGCCAGGACAGCAGCAACAGCAACAAAACAACAUCAUUCAAUAUAUCGCCUGGAUAUAGACAUGAGUUCUUUUGAGAAUUCAUCCGCUACUUCUAGUGGGUCACCUUUCGGUCACCCCCCGCCUGCAGCACUGACCAAUGACGCCAGUGCUCAAUCUCAUAAUCAUCCCCAAGAGUCUACAAUGGCAAAGGCAGACACCCGACAUAGGAGUUAUCCUCUUACUCCCUCUCAUCAGUCUCGCAUCCGUCACUUGUCUCCUCCAUUUCCACUAUCAUCUCCUCCUCCUACAUCUCUUUCAUCCUCCUAUCCUUUGCGCCAUUCAUCCUCCUACAUGUAUACACCAUCUAGUUAUGAUGCAAGUGUGGAGCGUGGUAGAGAUAAAGAAAGAUAUAAGGGGAGAGAGAAGGAAAAAGAGAUGGAGUUCGAGCAUACAAGUUCAGAAGUUGAGAAUCAUCAUCCUGAGGCCACAGUAGGCUCGCUUCCUUUGGGUUUUCGGCAACACCACCAUUCACAGCAUCAGCAUCACUCUCCUCGGGAAAAUGGCAGAUCAUCUUCUCCAUCAUUUAAUGGCUCGAUCGGAGUACAGAGCAAUCAAAGCGACAGCGACCUUUAUCAGCCCUCCUAUCCGCAGCUGCAGGUGCAAUCUCACCCUGCUGCAGGAAAAGAUCAUGGACUGCAGCGGGAAAUCAAAGAUUCUGCCAUCGCCGAUCGGCUAUCGUCUCUUACGAAAUCUAUGUUUGUGCACCCUCCAUGGCACGAUGACAGAGAGUUUGGUCACAAAAACAAUACAAACACACAACAUACUACAUCUUAUUCGGCCCAAUAUCCAUAUAGACCUGAAUUAGGUCAAAACCGUAGCAAUAAGGGUGCAUUCUACUAUGACUUACCUAGCAGAAGCGUAGAAGAUGUUCUAGAUCAUACCCAGGAUCCAUCUUCUCGCAACCAUGCACACUCUUAUCAGUCAGGACUUCGAGGUUUCUUACCUUCUCAUAAUCAAGAUCCUUUGAGACAUCAUCACCCUUUAGACCAAUACGAGCGCAAUCGAUAUGAGUUUAAUGAGAAUACCCAUACAUCUCGCACAUCUGCAAACAUUGAAAGCAGCCAGUACUACUCAUCCCCUUACUCUCAGGGUAAAUAUCCACAAGUGAACCACCCCAUUUCAUUUCACGCUUCACAUCGACCUUGUAGUCCUGCACAACUAUCUCAGCAUCAAGCUCAGCAGCAAUAUUCUCAGCAACAGCACAAUACAGGCCGUGAACAGCCAGAGCCUUCGAUAAGCCAGUCUUUAGGAGCAAGAUCAGACGUUACACCUAACUUACUUCCUCCUCCCACGAACAUUGACAGGUCGUGGAAAGGAUACAAUGGAUGCACAGUUGACCGUAGCAGUGCACUUCAUGAUUCUAGCUAUGAUAGCAAUGCAGAAGAAGAGGAAGCGUUGAGAGAGGAGGAGAAUAUGCAGCAACAGCGCCAUCGAUUCAAGUUUGGAACAGAAAUGCCGAGUACAGUUGAUUUAAAAUCAGCGAUUGAAAGUUGUGACGCACUUUGCAGGUUUGCUCUCCAUUACGCAGAGCAAGCAAAUGCAGUUCAUAGCGGUGGUUAUGACUAUGGCCAAAUGGAUCCUGAUAUGCGAGCGAACUUACAAAAAAUCCGCAGUAUGAAUACCACUAUGCUUAUUGGCCUUCAGCAUAUCGGAGGUGGGUCCAAUGAAAAGUCUGGUGCAGAAGCAUCAGGCAAUGCUAACAAUCAACAAUACGAACGAAUAGAGCGAGAAAUGAGUCCUCUACGAUUCGGACCCGGUAGACCACCACAUGAGAUGGUUCAUGAGCUUGCGAAGGCAGCCACAUCCAUAUUCCAGCUAGCUAUCCGUAUCAGGUCUUGGAUGGGGAUGACUCCAGAAGAGCGGGAACUAGAUGAAGAAAUCAAUACAAUCCGCGGUAAGCGCUGUCUACUUAUGGAUAGUGCAUUGGCAUCCGCCACAAUGGACCAGCAUGGCAAUAUCCAAAAAGAUUGGACCGUUGUCCCUGCUGCUGCAUCAAACUCCAAGUCAGAAGCAUCACAACACUAUGCGAAGAAUAGUCGAUUACCUGGCCGUACUUCAGAUUAUCGUGGUCGGCGCGGUGGCAUGGAUACGGACGUUGAUGGCUUUGGAAAUAAUAGCGACACAAUGAUAUCUGUCUCGAUGUCGCAUCAUCAGUCUCCUCACAGACCCUCAUCGGCUCCCUAUCUGUCUGACCCGAGCGUGGCUAGAUCUCAUCAAGAAGGGCUCGGAGUAGGAAGAGAAAGUAGUCGAGCGAGUAGUGUGAAUAGUCAAAAUGGGCGUGGUGGUAGCAACGCUUCCAAUAGUCGCAACUCUAAAAACAGCGAUGUCCCAUAUCAAAAGUAUCGCAAGCGAGCCAAGCGGACACAGCCACCUGGCCGAUGCUUGUCAUGUGAUUCAUCAGAUACACCCGAAUGGCGCCGUGGGCCUGACGGUGCCCGCACAUUGUGCAAUGCGUGUGGGCUUCAUUAUGCUAAGUUGGUGAAGCGUCAGAAUGAGCAAGCGCAGCAGCAAAAACAGAUAGGUUCAGGACUUUCGCCGAUGAAGAAGGGCCUAUUGCCCAAUAACGCACGGAUGGCACAACUGCAAGCAUUAGCAUUUCCCCUCCGAAAGCGCAAUGGCAAUCAGUCGGUCGAUUCAUCAAGGCAGCAGAAACUGGAAGUCGGAGUGAAUUCAUUCUCUGAUAAAAAUUAUCCUCCAUCUUCGCCUGCUCCUGCAACUAUUACUCCACCAAGUUCUGAGCACAUGGGUUCGAACGCUUCGUCGCUGCCUCCACCGGAUCGCGAUGCUGAUAGUGAUACUAAUGACAAUGGCACGGGAAGUGCUUCUGCAGAACGGGGCGAGGCAGACGACUCGAUGAAGCAAGGUCAUACAUAGGCCGCUUUUUAAUCUGAAUAUUUUCACUUUGUCUUUUUUUUUUGUACAUGGAUUCUUUUUAUUUUUAUUUUUUGUUUUUUUGCCAGAG